CUGUAUGCUGUCGGUGGGCGAGAUGGGAGCUCCUGCUUAAAAUCAAUGGAAUGUUUUGAUCCUCACACGAACAAGUGGAGUAUUUGUGCUUCGAUGUCGAAACGAAGAGGUGGUGUUGGUGUUGCCACAUACAACGGGUUUUUGUAUGCCGUGGGAGGUCAUGAUGCACCUGCUUCCAACCACUGCUCUCGACUUUCCGACUGUGUAGAAAGGUAUGAUCCUAAAACAGAUGCUUGGACAACAGUGGCCCCCUUGAGCGUACCUCGGGAUGCUGUUGGAAUUUGUCCUCUGGGGGACAGAUUAUACGCUGUUGGGGGCUACGAUGGCCAUACGUACCUGGAUACCGUGGAGUCCUACGAUGCUCAAAAUAACGAGUGGACAGAGGAAGUUCCCGUCAAUAUUGGAAGGGCUGGAGCUUGUGUUGUUGUUGUGAAGUUGCCCUGAUGACUAUCAAUAUUGUGAAACUAAACUGAGUGGAGUUUCAGGAAGACCAAGUCCAGAAGAUCAG